AUGACUGUUGAAGAUGUUGCUUCUAUAAAUAGAAUAAUACCAGAAGGAUUAUUUGAAUACCCACCAGAAGCCUUGGAAUAUGUAAGAAUUGCUAAAGAAAGGCUUCCACUCGAGAAUGAUUUGGCAACUUAUGUUGAACAGGCAAAUCUCAAUAGGAGUGCGAAUUUUCAGUUGAUUGACAGCAAUAAUCCACAUUUAGAUGGAUUUCCACAAUUGACAAUAUUUGAUUUUAAACAGUUAGCUCUACCAACUCAAACAGGCUAG